UUUGUUAUAGUGUUUCAAAGAAGCUAUGAGCAUAACAAGACUGUGUGUUUUCCUUGUGGUCUUCUAUUAUGCCUACACCACACUGGCUGUGUAUGUUAAUCAAUCCAGUCUCUUGAUGAGGGUCCAGACUGGAGACACUGUGACUCUGACAUGCACAUGUCCAAAGGAUGAACUGUUUGUUGCAUGGUUCAAGCAACCUGUUGGCCAGAAGCCCCAGCUCAUGGCAAAAGCCUAUUACCUAGCGGAUGGUGAAUUUUCCGAAGCAUUUAAAAAAAUGGAACGCCUUAGUGUACAGAAAAUAGAUGGAAGUUUUAACCUGACCAUUUCCAGAUUGGAGCCAUCAGAUUCAGCAGUGUAUUACUGUGCUGCUGUGUUCUAUUAUGAAAUCACAUUUGGAAAUGGAACCUUUAUCAUGCUGACAGAUAAGAAAUCUGACAGCAGGACUGUGGUACAGCAGCCUCUGUGUGACACAGUGCAGCCAGGAGACUCUGUGCUCCUGCAGUGUACAAUAGUGUCCGAGAGCUGUGCAGGAGAACACAGUGUUUACUGGUUCAGGCAUGGAUCAGGAGAAUCCCUUCCAGGAGUCAUUUACACCAAGGGAAACAGGAGUGAUAAGUGUAAGAAGAGCUCUGAGGCUGGAUCUCCUACACAGAGCUGUGUCUACAGCCUCCCCAUGAGGAACCUCAACCUCUCUGAUGCUGGGACUUACUACUGUGCUGUUGCCAUGUGUGGGGAGAUGCUGUUUGGGAAUGGAACCAUACUAAAUAUAGAAGGUGUGGUUGUUCACAGGUAUUAA